AUGAGACCGCAGGUUCGAGCCCGAGAAAAACAAACGCGGACUAGGGCCUCGCGCCCGUGGCGGGCGCAGAAACGCGCAAGAGCUGGGCGGUCUUUCAGACCCUUUGGAGCGAGGGCGGAGGAAGUGAGACUGCAGGAUGAGGAUGAGCGGUGGGAGGAACACCGGAGGGGUGAUUCGGAUUUGGAUUGGGGUGACUCGGACGGGGAGGGUGACGCCGAGGAUCAUGGCAUGCUGGUGGACCCAAAAAUUGAGCUCGAUGUUACCGCAAUGUGUAGCUUUGCGAGCGGCAUGAAUGGAGAAUGGAAGACGAUGGAAGAUCCGGCUAUCGAGCAGAGAAUGCGGGAUGAAGACGACGAACAAGGCGGUGCGGGGAGCAGCAGUGACGACGGGGAUGCAGGCAGUGAGGGGGGUCCGGAUCAUGAGGAUGAGGAUCUGGAUUCGGCAAUGGAUACAGAGGAAGAUCUUAUGCUUGGGGAGAGCGACGGCCAUGAGGAGGACCUCAGCAAAGAGGAUGAGGAGGACUCCAGCGAAGACAAUGGCUUUGACCAAAGCCCCCGGGUUGGGUCUCAAGCCCGGAUGGAACGAGUGCGCAAAGCCGCACAUUCCAGACACGUCGACGACGGUCUCGAGCUGAUGGAUGACAUCAAGUUUGAUGAAGAGGAUGACCUGCAAGACAUCCUGGGGAGUACUGGCCGGCGUGGAUGGAAGAAACCAUCGAGUGCGAUGUCCAGCAAUGACUUGAUUGAGUUGGACGAGUUCUACUUGCCAGCCAGGCGCGGUAAACAUGGACGGCAGGACAUCUCGGAUGAGCUGCAAGGACAGUGGGACCGUGACCGGGACAAGAAGGCCGAGUGCAAGCGCCACCGCGAGCUGGCUCGUCUUGCAGCGGUGGCGGACCCGCUCAGCACAAAAAGGGAGGGAAGAAAGGUCGGAAAGCAAUGAAAGCCGCGGCACGACUGGACCCGACUCUCACGGUACUCCCCAACCGGGUGAUCCACAUGAGCUCGCUCGAGUAGCAGAUACGGAGGUUCAUUGGGAACAUCGGUGGCCCUCAGAUCAUGACGCUGCCACCGUGCGACAAGACGUCCUGCAAAAGUGUGCACGAGAUGGCGAUGGCAUUUGGGUUGUCAAGUGUGAGCGAGGGGAAAGGCGACUCCCGAUACACGACAUUGACCAAGACGACGCGGACCGGGCUUGUGGCGAACGCGAAGAAGAUUGGGAGGACCGUGAGACAGGGCGGAUCGCGAGGACACGAGUUUGUGCAGCCUGCGAGAGGGAGAGCGCUGG